AUGCAGCUAGAGUCCAAGCGCAUCCUCGAGGUGUAUCCCCCUGCGCGAUGCAUGAACGAAGUCGUGGAGCGACAAUUAAGCAGGAACAAGGAACGAGAAAUUUCAGAUAGAGCUUCGAGAAUUUCAAGAAUCUCUGGCUCUGUUGUGGGCCUGGGGGUGGAGGGAGAACAAUCUUACGAGGAGGAUAUCCCCGUUCGAUUCCAGCUCAACAUGUUCCGCGGGAAAAGCAAGAACACGUUUUCUAACAAACUGAAAGAAGAUCUGAUCCAAUGGUUUGGACCUGUUCAGUACGCAGACGCCAGCGAGGAAUAUCUAGGAACUUUGCAGAAGAUUGCAGCAGUGACUGGGGUCAAAACUGCGGUGGAUGUAAAAGUUCCAGUGAAAAUGUAUUGUUCUGCUAUCGUCAGCGAUUUGGCAACAAUUAGUGGAGAUAUGAAGCCACUGAAAGACAUUUAG